GGGCAUUGUUGCAGCAGGAGGUGGGAGGAGGUGUUUUCUACCACUGGAAGAGUCGGGGUACUCGGGGUUUUCAUAGGUAUAAAAAUCCUCAUUUUUUUCUCUUGAGAUUUGAUCUUCUUGAGAGUUGAGCUUCUUGAGCUGGUACUAUAAGGUGAGGGUGGGGAGUGCAUUUUAUCAAAAGUGAUGGGGGCCUGGGGUUUAUGGGGUUCUUUUAUUUCCUUCAUUUUCUUCCCUUCCUUCUUUUUUUUUCAUUUUCUUCAUUUUCUUUUGAUACUCGCAGUUCGAGUGGCCGUCCGGCGUCUAUACUAGGUAUACUGUACUACUUAGGUAUGAAAAGAACUCGAUACGAGAACUGUGGUCUAUGGCUACUGGUCACGAGUGCUUCUUCCUUGGGUACAUACGGUAGUUACCGGGGAUAUUCGAUUCGAUACUUAUGGCAAAAUUAUGCCUUCCUUCUUCUUUGGACUUUACCGGGGAAUCAAUUUCAAUAUCGAUCUCAAAACGGAGAUUGGGGGGGGGAUAAGGAUUGGAAUUACGCCUACCGUCAAGGGCCCACCGUCAGGGAAGUCAGGAGGAAAGGGAAGGGCAUACCUACUCUACCGUCAGGGAAGGAGAGAAGUGUAGGAAGGCCCAAGUGACCAAGUAACCAACUUCCAAGUGACCAAGUGAAAGAAGUGAAGGGAAGGGGAGGGAAAGA